CUAUCUUCGUUCUUCAUGUUUUUGAAACAAAAAAAGCCGGUUAUGAAUCUCAAAGAAGACGUAGACGAUCUUCCCUUUAUCUGCGUUUGGUAGAAAGCUUUUCGGUGUCCUUGUUCUUCCUCUCUCCUGUGUAUUAGCACAACUCCUGAUGCGUCGAAGGAAGCAUCAAUAUUGAUCCAACCAUGCGCCGUCGGGGUGUUGCGAACAAGCUAUUUCUUGCACAGCGACAGCGGCCAAUAGAAGAGCACCGAAGUGGAAAACGACGGGAGCCGGAGUUGGCAAGAAGAAGAAGACAUUACCAUGGGCAUCGCGAUCAGCAGUCUGUGGCGGAAGUUUUUCCACGGGACGGAUCAAGCCUACCGAAUAGUCCUCGUAGGACUGAACAAUGCCGGCAAAACGACGAUUCUAUACCGCCUGGCGUUGAACCAACCGGUGGUAACACAGCCCACCAUCGGAUGCAACAUUGAGGAGCUAAAGUACUUUCUUACUACUUACGAGGAAGCCAUUCACUAGGCAUACGUCGCAACCCAAUCUUGGAAAAUACCGAUGACGCAUGAUUUUCGACAGUGCUCGAGGUGGUGCACGACAGGCACCAGCUGCAGUGUUUCAAAUUUACAAACUGCGAAGAAACACCAGGUACAAAGGCGUGACGUUCACGUGUUGGGAUCUGGGUGGCCAGGAGAAGCUCAGAGACCUCUGGCCGAGCUAUUUCCAGUCAGACAAUUUCGCGGACGCUGUGAUCUUCGUUGUCGACUCGAAUGACACGGAGUCACUAGUAUUGCUUUUUCUAGUACUGGUUUCUCAUGCAUUGUGUGCUCCGUCACCGUCGUAGAGUUAGAGCUUUCUUUCUUAUUCUCUCAUGCAGAAAAACUAACACACACAGUACAUAUGAGAAAUUCCGGAUCCGUCCCUCAAAAACUAUAACUAGGUGACCGCAAAAAUGGAGCUGAUGAACAUCCUAAUCCUCCUAUCAAAUGUAAAAGUGUCUGGGUCUGGAAGAAUGCAACUUGUCAUGCUAAAUCUGAAGCAUGCACAAAUCUGUGUUGCAUGAUUGCCAAAAGUCGCCCUGUUUUGAUCAAGUCGGGAGGGAGUUUCUCAUGCAGGAUAGGCAUGAGAGAGAUCGUGCAGAAUCUGUCAUGCUAGACCCUGCAUUCCAGGCCUCAUGGGUCAUGGAAAAGCUGCAUGACAAAUCGCGCAUUCUUCCAGACCCAGACAUUUUUGCAUUUGAUACCUCCCGCAAGUCCGUAAUACAGUCCGAGCAGUUCUCAUUCUCGCGAACAAGCAAGACGUCUCCGGCGCUUUGACCGCUGCGGAUUUGGUGCACAAUUUAUCCCUAAACGAGAUAAAAACGCACGACUGGCAAAUCCUUCCCUGCUGCGCGUUGACGGGCGAAGGAUUAAACGCGGGCAUGGAUUGGCUGGUUUUGAAACUGCAGCAGGAAGCAAGGCCGAACGGAUAGAGAAAUAAUUCGAUUAAAGAACCUCUUUUGAUGAUCACCUUUGCGCGUUGUGUGAAGAACUGUAAUGAUAAAUGAACUACUUACCCUGGCGCCGCUAAAAUGAAUA